AUGAGAGAAAUAAUAAGCAUUCAUAUUGGACAAGCUGGAAUUCAGGUUGGUAAUUCGUGCUGGGAGCUUUAUUGCCUUGAACAUGGCAUUCAACCUGAUGGAACAAUGCCCAGUGAUGGCUCAACUGAAGCACAUGAUGCAUUCAACACCUUCUUCAGCGAAAUUGGAACUGGCCAAUAUGUCCCUAGGGCCUUAUUUGUUGAUCUGGAGCCUAGUGUAAUAGAUGAAGUAAGAUGUGGUCCUUACAAACAACUCUUCCACCCUGAGCAAUUAAUGUCUGGCAAGGAAGAUGCUGCUAAUAACUUUGCAAGGGGACAUUACACAGUUGGAAAAGAUAUUGAGGAGCUUUGCCUUGACCGUAUCAGAAAAUUAGCUGACAAUUGCACUGGCUUGCAAGGAUUCUUGGUUUUCAAUGCUGUUGGUGGUGGCACUGGUUCUGGCUUAGGAUCAUUGCUUUUGGAACGGUUGUCUGCAGAUUAUGGAAAGAAGUCAAAACUUGGGUUCAUCAUUUAUCCUUCUCCUCAGGUAUCUACUGCAGUUGUUGAACCUUACAACACUGUUCUUUCCAAUCACUCUCUUAUUGAGCACAGUGAUGUAGUUGUGCUCUUGGACAAUGAAGCAAUAUAUGACAUAUGCAGAAGAUCACUAGAUAUAGAGAGGCCAACUUACACCAACUUGAACCGCUUGAUAUCCCAAAUCAUCUCUUCCUUGACCACUUCCUUGAGAUUUGACGGUGCAAUCAAUGUGGACAUUUCAGAGUUCCAGACCAACCUUGUACCUUAUCCACGCAUCCAUUUCAUGCUCUCAUCUUAUGCCCCAGUUAUAUCUUCGGCGAAGGCCUUCCAUGAGCAGCUAUCAGUGCCUGAGAUCACCAGAGCUGUGUUUGAGCCAUCAAGCAUGAUGGUCAAGUGUGAUCCAAGAAAUGGUAAGUACAUGGCAUGCUGCCUAAUGUAUCGUGGGGAUGUUGUGCCAAAAGAUGUAAACCUUGCUGUCUCGAAUAUCAAGACAAAGAGACAAGUUCAGUUUGUAGACUGGUAA